UCGAAAGAAGUCAUUCAUUUAUCCGUGGACCGUUUGGCAUAGGCGUUUGCAAUGGCGCUCAGGUUCCAAUGCUGUUGAUCUUGGCCCCCAAUUGCCUGUGCUGCCACCAUGGCAGAAUGCGGUCUGCUCGCAAGGAUUGGCAGCGGUAGGCUCGAGACGGCAGUCGGCUCUUGGCAGCAAAGCUCCAGCAACCGAUACCAAAAUUGUGUCAAGGACGCAGGAGUGGUGGCCAAUGUCUGCUUGCUGAAAGCCAGGCCCUCUGCGCGCCUCCGCAAGUCCUAUGUUUCAACACACAUUGCACAGCCUUCAUCACUUUCUCAAACUCAUCAUUCUCAAGCCUCUCGUGUGACCACUUUUCCCAUCAGACCCCGUUUUAGCAGCAGACAACAGCCGGGCGGCUCGCAUCUGCUCUCGUCUCUCUUCUCUCCCAUGCGCCCGACAUCGCUGUCCGCAAACUCCCCUGAAACAGCAACCUCUAGCAGCGGCAGGAGCUCCCCCCAAAUGGCGGCUGACAUCAGCGCCAGUGCCGAGCCCUCGAUCGCCUCCCGGUGGUCCUGGCGCGCUACGCCCCAGAAAAGCGAGAGCCUCUUCAGGGAGUGGCCGGAGACACCCCCCGGGGGGUGCCACCUAUGCGCCCCCCUGACCGCGAAAACCGUCUCCGAAAUGGUGGCGCAAAUGUACGAAGCAAAGGUCGCGGGGGCCACGAUUGUUGAGGUCCGGAUCGAUCACCUGUACGGAUGGUUGCUUGCGCCCCCCCGUUCCGGUGAGCCCAAAAUGAAGGAAGAUUUGAAACAGCUUUUGGAGAACCGCCCGCUGCCGGUUAUCUUUACCUACCGGCCGAAGUGGGAGGGGGGGCAGUACGAGGGGGACGAGUUGGAUAGGCUACGGGUGAUCUGGGAUGCUAUGGAUAUGGAUGUGGAUUACGUGGAUAUCGAGCUGGGGGGAAUCCAAAAGGAUAUUGAGAAGGAGGCGUAUAAGUAUGUGUACGACAGCUACUACCCGGACCUGAAGCUGCCCAAGGUGCGGCGGAUGGACAUGACGCACAAGUACGACGUUGGGUUCGAGCCAGCCGCUGCGCUUUUGGCGGGGGCGCCCCCCAACAGCCGAACGAAGAUCAUCAUCUCGUCACACAACUACAAGCGGACGCCGGACCUGUCCGAGCUGCGGGAGAUCGUCCGAAAGAUGAUGGAACUGGGCGCGGAUGUCGUCAAGAUUGCCACGACGGCCACGGAUAUUGGGGACAACAUCAAGCUGUUCCAAAUACUGAAGGAAGCCCAGGUCCUGACGAUUGCUCUCGCGAUGGGCCCGAAAGGUCUUCUCAGCCGCGUGCUCGCGCCCAAGUUCGGCGCCUUCCUGACGUUUGGAACGCUGGCAGCGGGGCUCGAGUCUGCCCCGGGCCAGCCCACAAUCACCGACCUCACGCAGACCUACCACUUAGACCAGCAGAGCAAGGAGACUAAGGUUUUCGGAGUGGUGGGCAACCCGGUCGCCCAGAGCAAGGGCCCCCUCGUCCACAACGCCGCGUUCCAGCUGGCGGGCGUCGACGCCGUUUACGUCUCAUACCUAGUUGACGACAUGCGGACGUUCCUGGCGGACUUUGCGGCGCCCGACUUCGCAGGGUUUAGCGUCACCAUCCCCCACAAGCAGGCGGCGCUCGAGGCGGCUGACGUCAGGGACCCCCUUGCUGAGACCAUCGGAGCGGCCAACACGCUCGUCCGGCAAAAGGACGGGACGCUGGCGGCUUACAACACGGAUUGCUCGGCAGCGAUCAAAGCGAUCGAGGAGGGGCUGAGGUCACGCUCAGACGUCAGCAAUAAGGAGGACCCGCUGCGGGGUUUGAAGGUUCUGGUCGUGGGCGCGGGGGGUGCAGGGCGCGCGCUCGCGUUUGGAGCCAAGGACAAAGGGGCGGAGGUGAUGAUUGCGAACAGAACGGACGCGAAAGCGGAGGAGCUCGCUUUUGCCGCGGGCGCCCAUUUCGUCCCGUGGGCGUCCCUCCAGUCUAGCUCCGUCCGCGCGGCGGACGUCCUGGCCAACACGACGUCCGUAGGCAUGCAGCCCAACGUGUCCGAAACCCCGGUGCCCCGGGCGGCGCUCGGGGGAUAUAAGGCGGUUUUCGACGCGGUUUACACGCCCAUGGAAACGCAGCUCCUGAAAGACGCGCGCGCAGAGGGCGCGACGCCGGUUUCCGGGGUGGAGAUGUUUGUGGGUCAGGCGGCGGACCAGUUUGAGCUGUUUACGGGAGGACCAGCGCCGCGACAGGUGAUGAGAGACCUGCUGCUCGACAGUCUGGCCAAACCGGCCCUGCCCUCCGCCCCCGGCCCCAAACCCGUCCCAAAACCCAAGUGGCUAACCCAGCUCGAGAAAGAGGGGGUUGUGGACCUCUCCCCGCCCCCCGAGCCGUCCGAUUCGGACCGCCUGGUCCAGAUGAUCGUGUCCGAAACGCGGCCCACUUCAAAGAGUGACACGUGGGCGGACCAAAACGAGUUCGUCGUGAAAGAGGUUCCGUACUGGUAUAAGAAGAAGGUGAUGGAGGAGACGGAGAGACUGAUUCUCGAGUACGGCCCUGACGACGACCAGGAGCUGCCGCCCAGGCCGGAAGUGAUGGAGGCCGCUGCGAGAAUUGGUAUCGACCCCGAGAUUGCUAAGAAGAUUCGGACGUUGCCGAAGUUGCGACAACUGGUGCGGGAGGGGCUGUCUAACAUGGAGACGUACUUGUAAUUGGAGGGCCAAAAGUUAGAGUCGAUCGGAAACGAACAAAGUCACAAGAGCUGCGAUUGGCACGGAAUGCUAGCAACUUUUGUAUAACCCGUGCAUAUAAUCUGGCCGCAUGUGAGAUUGGUUCAAUGCAUAAGUAUCAGCGAAGCUUGCAUCCCAUGUAUCUUUAUGGCAG